AUGAAAAUUGCGCUGAGUUUUUUGAUAAACCUCAUAUCCGCGAAUUUCCUCGCGAAUUUUCCGAAAUACUUCCAAAAAGUGAGCGGGGAAGUCGGAUAUGUCGGAAUUGACACUUAUGUCGAGCCAGUUGUUGCUUUUGCUGAUCAAAAAACUUUCGACUUUUUGCUCUAUUCAAAUUUGAAGAAUAUUUCUGACAAUAUCGACUCUCCUUCAAACUUGCAAAAGUUUCUUUCUGUGGAAAAACUGGCUGAAAAAGGAGCUUCUAUUGAAAAUUGUAAAGAAAAAUUUGAUGUGCUGACAUGUUUUCAUAUCAAUCAGGUGGCCAUGUUCUCGGAAAAGCUUCUCAAGAGAUUUUCUUAUCGAGACUUUGCCGAUUUACUUGAGAAAAUAAGUGAAAAAGGGACUUGGAAAGAGCUUCAAACUCGAGAAAUUGAGGCGAGCUCCCUGUUUCGAAGGCGAUUUUCUGAUAAAGAAAAAGGCUUCGCUGGGAUGAAGAUAAGUGCAGGCUUGCUGGGCGUUGCCCUUGGCCAGUCCGGUGACACAGCUGACUAUACCUACGACUACAACGAAGCUGCAGAGAAGAGCGACAGCUACACCUACAACGCUCCUACCUACAACUUCAACACCGGCUACGACAGUGGCUACAGCCAAAAUCAAGGCUACGACGCCGGCUAUUAUGGCAGAAGUGGUGUUGAUGCGUACGCAUUGUCCUGCUGGAACUCCAACUCCAUGCGAGACAUGAACCACGACAACAAGUUCGCCACACCCGGAGGAGACAUCAUCGGCGAUGCAGGCAACCACCACCAGUAUGGUUAUGAAAACGAGUUCUCCGCUGGAUCGAAAUUCGAUUCCUCCAAACAGGAAUACGGUUCCGAUCAGUCAGCUGUUUCCGGUCAUUAUGGAUUCAUCGAGGAUGAUAACCACAUCGACAUCAGCGAUGCCGGUCACUCCGUCGACGCUGUCGAGCCACACAAGUGGGGCUACCAGAACAACAACCCCGACGCCAAGUACCACUACGGUCACCACGUUGCCAGUGCAUCAGCGAAUCGAGGUCCAACUGGUCCACAGGUUGCUAAUACCUACCACGGCUUCAUGGCCGAUGACUGGAGAUACUCCCUCCGUCACUCUGGCUGCCUCUGGGAAGUCAAGGACUUCAGCUACUCAGCUGCGACCUACUCCGUUCAGCACAACCUUGCCUGGACCGACAGCAGCAGCAAAGGCGCUAAGGUUCACUGGGUCCACGUUUUCAACGCUCACAUCUACGCCAAAGAAAACAACGCCGUCAACGGCUUCCGAAUCGUCAUGGCGAAUCCCGUCUACGAAGGUCUUGGCUACUUGAACUUCGUCUCGACCUACGCUGACACCGCUAUCGCAGCCGAAGGUGCCUACACGCAUGACCCAUUCGCCUCCACCUACGACAUUUCUGCACAAUACGUCAAUUCCAAGGGAACAUGGACUUUGACAACAACGAGUGACAGUUGGAAACUCGUUGCGGGCUCAUCUGCUCCCGCUUUUGCUGCUGCUGGAGCUGCUGCUGCCGGUGUUGCUAUCUCCUCCUUCCCUCACAACCAGCUCGGUGCCGACUUCCGAUUCAAUGUCCGAACCCUCCACGAGUUCGGCCACGGUUUCCAGGAAGCCAAGCGCACUACCGAGGCGAACAAGGCCGACUCCUACUUCUGGUACGCUGUCGACACCAUCACCAUCACCUUCCCUCAUCACGUUUCCGCUAUGGACAGCUGCCACGCUCUCCGAGCAGGUGCUUCUUCUGACUUGAGCGCUGAUUGCUCAAAGCACGUCCACAGCAUCAUCAUCGAUGAGAACCACGUGACUGGAACUGACGGAUCUUACGAUCACUCAGGUCGACUCGAGGCUACUAUUACCGAUGCCUGCAAUAACGUCUACGGACCUUCGGGCACAGCUAACCAUUACUGCGCGAAGUUCUGCUCCAACUCUGCCAUCACUUGUGGCAAGGUCUUGACCAUCAAAAAUGUGAUGAAAACAUACGACGAAUUCCAUCUCCGUCAGUACGGUACCAUCCAAGAAAUCUGGGCUCAGCUUCAGUAUGCCUACAGUCACACUGUUGACAAGACAGCUCCCACUGGAUUCGAAUCUCCGUUCCCCAACGUUUUCUUCUCAGCUGCCCAGGUCCAAAGCAUCGUCCUUGCCUGCAACUCUGGUACCAAUGAGAAGUGCGUUGGCUACACCCGUGCCCAGAACAUGCCAUACGCUGGUGACGUCAACGAAGUCAGUCGAUGGACCAAUACCGCUAACGACAUCCACAACGGUCUUUCCCGAGGAGACGCCUUCUGGGUCAACAACAACGACAACUAA